AUGUACAGCCUGCUUCUCAGCCUGUGCGAGCAGUACCGCAAGGAGGGCGCCUUCCGCCUCUGGGUCGGCCCACUUCACUCGAUCUUCAUUCUGACCAAUGCAGAGAGCGUCGAGCGGCUGCUCAGCUCGCCGGUCAACCUUGAUAAGGGUCACGAGUACCGCUUUCUCGCUCCCUGGCUCGGUGAUGGUCUCCUCCUAGCAGACGCCAAAGUCUGGCGCACCCGUCGCAAGCUGCUGACGCCGGCGUUUCACUUUAAAAUACUGGAGAACUUUAUUCCCAUCUUCUCACGGCACACCGAUCUGCUGCUGAGCAAAAUUGCCGCCGCCGUGUCGCCGGAAACGGGCACUGCCGCCAUUGAGGACAUUCGCCCGCUAAUGGAGGACCUGACGCUGGACAUCGUCAAUGAAACCUCCAUGGGCGUGGACCACGAGAAGGUUGGCAGCAACAGUCAGAGCAAUGAGUCGUACCGUGUGUCAAUGAAACGGGCCUUCCGCCGUGCCGUGCAUCGAAUCAUCGACAAGAAAAUGAACGAGUUCAGGGAGAAGCAACAGCAGCAGCAAACAACAGAGUCUGAUAACAACAACAACAAUAGCAAUAAUAGCAAAAAACGAGAAACUAUCUUUCUGGACAUUCUUAUGGAGAAGUACUUCACCGAACCGGGCUCUAUCAGCCCAGAAAAUAUGCGUUCUGAGGUGAACACCUUCAUCCUUGGCGGACACGACACGACGGCCAAUGCCACCAUUUUCUCGCUGCUGCUCAUUGGCCAACAUCCUGAAGUUGGGCGGAAAAUCCUCGAAGAACUGGAAGAGGCCGGUCUUCUCCUUCAGAACAGUCAAAGUUUACCCAUUGAAAUUGAGGCUUUGAAGCGGCUCCGCUACCUCGAGGCGACCAUCAAAGAGACACUUCGACUUUACCCGAGCGUUCAAGUGAUCGCCCGACGGCUGGUGGAGGAGCUGACGUUGCCUGACGGAAAACAGAUUCCGGCAGGUAGUACCGUUUACGUGCCCAUCCUCUCACUUCAUCUCGAUGCCAGCGUCUUCCCCGAUCCAAACUCCUUCAUCCCGGAACGAUUUCUUUCCUCUUCUUCUCACUCAGAAGGAACCUCUACCGCCGCCAAAAACCCCUACGCCUUUAUACCCUUCUCUGCGGGGGCCCGCUCGUGCAUUGGCCAAAAGUACGCCAUGCUGGAGCUCAAGUUUGUCCUGGCGUCCAUCUUUCGCCGGUAUCGCGUCACCAGCCACACUCGCCCGACAGAGGUCAUCAAAGAGCUGAUGCCGGUCAUCAAGCCGCUCAACAGCAUUAGGGUGGACUUUCAGUUGCUGCAUCAUCCUCAGUCGACCUCUUCAUCCUCACCACCAUCAUCAGAGUAG